GCAUUUCGCCUUCAGUCGGACAGAGGCGAGCGUCUCACGUCGAGCUAAGUUCUGCUCUAUUUUUAGGUGUUUUGGACGCGAUGGAGAGUGACUGCACGGAUUUUUGUGCCUUUAACGUGCAGAUCACGUGUUUACGUUAAUUUAAGGAGGACACGCGCUUGUUUUUGGACCCGUUAGCCCGUCUGUUUGUUUCGUGUGCCAUGCUGGAGUGAUCCGUCCCAGGAGGUGCCAUGCUCGCCACACAGACUGAUGCUCCACCUGAGGCUAAAGAUGUCAAACAGAUCAAAGAGAAGUUGGCACAGUCGCUGAAGGCCCUGCAGAAACGAUAUGUAACCUCAGACUUGGUGGUCACCAGCGAAGAUGGCGACGCUAACCUCCUCUGCUGUGCCCUGGAGGCCGUCUUCAUCCACGGGAUCAAGAGCAAGUACAUCCGCUCGGAGUCUCGAGGUGGGAGUAGGAAAGGGGACCGAGGACCCCUCCCUCAGCCUUUUUUCUGGAGCCUCCUUAAAAGUGUCACCCACCGUGAUGUGAUCACCGAGCUGGAGAAGAUCAGCUUUGUGGGCACUGAUGUGGGUCGCUGCCGAGCGUGGCUCCGGCUGGCUCUUAACCACGGCCUCCUGGAGUGCUACCUCGCAUCGUUGUUCCGGGAAGACUCCAAGCUGCAGGCCCAUUAUCAGCCCAGUGCCUUGCUCCUGAACCCGGAGGAGCGAGAAGUUCUGCUCAGCUACCUCCAGGGUCUGACCUCCCUCACAUUCAGCCUGUCUUACAAGUCGUCUGUCCUCAACGAGUGGACCACCACGCCUCUGGCUCUUGCCGGACUCUGCCCCUUGUCCCAGGCGGACUUACUCAACCUGCCCCUCAAUGGUGGAGGCCAUCCCACCUCCAAGCCCGUAUGCAAGGAACUGUGGGAUACGGUGUCUCAGUCAUCGAGUUCUUCAGAUGCACCGGAUGUGCAGAGAGGCUGCCCGGUUUUACUGGGGAGGGGAUCAGAUCUGUUACAAGGGAGUGAGACUGCUCUUCAUUCCUCUAAUUUAAGCCUGGAUACCACAGGCUCCUCUCAGCUCUCCUCCAGCCUGAGCUCUGACAGCCUUCUGCAGGGACAGGACCCCCGCAGCCCGACAGGAGGGCAGUGGUCUCCGUGUGACCUGGAAGCAUCCAUUAAUGUCAACAUUGGCACCGAGAGGCCACAGAAAGACUCGCUGACUGAUUUCCGUGAGAGUGGACACUGCAGUCAGGACUCCACGCAGGAGGACUCGUUCGUCUCCUGCAUCGGCCCCGCUCAGUUCUCAGAAACGGGUGUUUUCUGUGACAGUGAGAUCCAGGGUCCCGCUACACCAUCCCAACAACCCGUGGACCAACCCCCACACUCUGACUCAGAGCCAACUGAAGCAUCUAUUGAACUGCCAUCAUCUGAUGAUAAUCCGUACCCCGCUGAAGUCCGCAGUAGUCCCUCUUGUGAGUUACAUUUGGACGCAGAUCUUGUCUCAACAGGCAGUGAGCCGGCAGAGCCUGUGGAGGAAGUGACUGUGACUCGUGUUCAGGAGAGCAGUGAGCCUGAAGAGAAGACACCAGGGAGCUCAGAGAAAACCAGCUCAGACUCUGCAGGUCAACAGGGCCCGUGUCGCUCUGCGACUGUCCUGAGCAGGAAGACGUCCUCAGAUUCAUUUACACACUCUUCUUGGAUCUCAGACGACGACAUCUAUAAGCCCCACCUGGAGAACGUGCUGGACAGCGACGAGGCAUCUCCCUCCGCCCCCUCAGCUGAGCCCAGCUUCUCACCGCCUCGCCCGAGGGUCGUCCAUCGCAGACAAAUAGGACUGUCGAAUCCCUUUCGAGGUUUGCUGAAGCUCGGUCACCUGGAACGGCGCAGCGCCGUGGGAUUGUGGCGCGACUACUACUGCGAGCUGUCGCCCUUUGAGUUCCGCCUGUAUGUGAACGCGGAGGAGCGGACAUGCCACGACAACUGCUCCCUGCUGCGAUGCGAAGACGUUCGCAUCACCUCACCUGAGGGGCGAUUUGAGUUAAUUUUUCCCGGGAAGCGGGUUUACCUCCGUGCAGCCAAUCGUGACGAAGCUGAAGACUGGGUGGACCGGAUUAUUGAGGCUGUCAACAAAUGCCGGAAAGCACCGUGUGCAGACGAGCAGUGGGAGGUGCUGCAGACCUGCUGUGAGAAUGGUGUGGAUGAACGUGCAGUUUCUUCUCCAUCAUCUGCCCCCUCCAGCCCCGAGCGAGGCCCAGCUGCCUCUGACAGAUGUGGAGGGCAGGAUUCCCCUCCUUCUCUGCAGGAAUUUGACUGGACUUGGACUACAGAUAUGGAAACGGAUGCCAUCAAAGAAGCUGUUCUGUACUUCUCCACAGACCCUGAGGCCCGUCAGUGGGCACCUAUGGUUUUCUCCCUCUCCUUGGAAACCUUUAAAGGAUUUCUGGUACAAGAAGGAAGAAAGCUGCAGCGGCUAAACUACCCUAUUGAGGAAAUUCGGGAUGUGGUUCCUGAUGUCGCUCUGGGAGGACCGUCGUUUUUCAAACUCCUGACCAUCAGAGAGACGCUUAGAUUGAGAGCAGAGAAUGCGGAGGAGGCUCGCUCUUGGAGGGUUUUGAUCCGACAAGCUCUGGACUCCUACCUGGAGAACGGGGAGCAUGAAGGCUCUGAGGUACCCUUGGAAGUGACUGGGAAUCUGUACAGACUGGUGCAGCACAGGCUGAAAGAAGAUGGAGCUCUUCUAGUCCACCUCUGCAAAGUUCCCUCAGAGAAGGGGCUGGACACGCAGAGCUUCAAAUGUGCAGGCUGUCCUCAGCAGAUCGGACUGUCGCUGGGCAGAGCCCGGUUAUGCGAGUUUUCAGGCCAGUAUUACUGUGAGUCAUGCCACAAAGGUGACACCACCAUCAUCCCCUCACGCAUGGUGCACAACUGGGACCUCACCCACAGAGAGGUGUCGAAGAAAGCCCUGUGGCUCCUGAAUCACAUAGAACAAGAGCCUCUGCUCAAUCUGGAGCAGCUGAACCCUGAGUUGGUUGAGCACGCUGAGUCGAUGGGUCAGGCACACGUCCAGAGGCAGAAGCUGUGCCUUCUGGGUGACUACUUGCGUACCUGCCGCAGCGGAGCCUGCAAGAAACUCCAAGCCAGGAUGGGACAGCGAACUUACCUGUUGGAGUCGAUCCACCUGUACAGUGUCAAGGACCUGCGACAGGUAGCAGAGGGCCAGUAUGUAAACUUCCUGCGCACGCUGGUGCAGCACGCCUCCAACCAUGUGUUCAGCUGUGACCUUUGCACCCAGCGCGGCUUCAUUUGUCAGCUAUGCCACUCUGAUGACACCAUCUUCCCCUUUCAGUUUGAGAGGAUCACAAGGUGUAAAGAUUGUAAAGCGUUGUUUCACAGCAGCUGCAAGGUUGAUGAGCAGUCCUGUCCUCGCUGUCAGCGGAUGAGGAAGUACAUGGAGAGGGAUCUGCAGGACUGAGCGCGCUCAGCCGGGACGGUGCUGGGCUGAGCUGACGGAGCGUACAGCAAACUAAAUUUAGCUUUUACAUGACAUAACCUCAAGUGCAAUUAUGAGUUUGUGUGCCCUAACUGACUUAAAAAAUGAAGCUAUUAUAAGCCUCAGUGCUGCAGUAGCCAGACUCUCUUGCACUAAUGUAGAGGCGCUCAGAGCCUCGUGAAGCUGACGUGAUUCAGCCAAAUGUUACUGAGCAGUGACUUUAAUCCCUCUGAUUUCUGCUUCAGCCACGAGAUCAAAAAAAGGGCACGUCAGAGGUGGAGGUUGCUGCCAUGGAUUGUAGCCAAAAUGGAGUUGGCCAUUUUCCACUGCAGGAACUAACAGGUGCAUUCACCUGUUCCAAACUCAGGAACUCCUCUGGGGCUGUUUCUGGGUUAGUGUGCACUCCAGGGUGAGAUCAGGUACUCGGAGGUUCUUAACUACCCUGAAAACUGCUUUUUGAGAUUUAGAACAAGAACAUCUUUGAACAGCCACCCACCUUGUAGAACGAAAAGGAGCAAAACUUCUUUUCACUGAAACAUUGUAAAGUUUGCCACAAAACAAACGGCAACAUAGUUAACCAUGGGUUCCUGAACCAAAGCAUACUAGUAGUAGUCUGGUAGGAGCUGUAAUGCUACAAUCAAACGAUGUUCUAGCUCUGGAGAAAAACCACAGCUUUGUAGACCUGUUUGACCCCUCGUAUUGCAUUCAGAAGGAUCUGCGCUCGUGGUUCCUUCACAGAAACAGGCUGACCCGGGGCCUGUGCUGUUCCUGCAGUGGAAAAGCAUCCAUUAACACUCUUUACUUUGCUUGUCACAUCAGUGUCGUCGUCUUAACCGUCACAAUUACACAAAAGUGAUGCACAGUACGUUCUGUUUGUCUUUGAUGCACGAGUUAUUCAGAUACCCAUCAUUAAUAUUCAGUACUGCAAAAUAAUGAGAAAUGUUAACACAUUUUGAUUGUGCCUUCUUUUUAGUUAUGUUUUACACUAUUUUCCAAGGAUGUGUCAAUAUUAUGGGGCCAAAAUCCUUUUUUUCCCAAUAAUCAUACAGUAAAAAUACAUGGAUACAUUAAAUAUUUACAUAUGAGGACUUUGGGGGAUGUUUCUCUUUGUAUGUUAACUCUUUGAAAUGUGAUUAAAUGUAAUUCUUUAGGCUCAGAGAGGAGACUUGUUUGUGCUGCUUUUUCAUGCAUUUAAUGAAGUAAUAAGUGUGGGGCAAAAACAUUAAAAAUGAAAAUUUGGGAUCACUGUUUAUAAAGUUUAAAGAAUUUGCGUGUUUGCACUCAGAUAUGACUGUUAAAUGGAUAUUUUAGCUGGAAUAUCUCCAGCCACGCUAAGUUACCCCUAAACUCAAAACGCAGCGAUGUUUCUGCUCUUUUUCUUCCAUUUUUUGACUUUGACCUGAGAAUCAAGAUUGUUUUUGAGUCUGGACAGAACAAAAAUAAGUCGAAGGUUUACUGAACUCCAUUAUUCUAUAUGCAGAACAUAUCACAUGUAAGAGGAAAGCUGUGCUGUUAUUUCCUGAUGUAUAUUUAUUUCAUCUCCUUAUGUAUGAAUGACUGUG